AUUUGGUUGCAUAAUCAAAAUGUUUACAUAACCUGAAAAAGUUAGGAGUAUCUUUAAUUUAAGGUUAUCGAAUAUGAAUUUCGUGUCCGCGUUCGGUAGGCUGUCUUUGGGACAGGUGAGGGGCAUUGCUACGACCCCGGCGAAGUUCAUUCAGACCACCCCCUGCCUGUUCGCGGAACCGCUUAAAAGGAAGAAACGUAUCGACCCAUCUAUCGUUAAAGCCAGGGAUGACAGGAAGAAGAAAAAGAUUGAGAAGCAAAUUAGAAAACUGGAGAAGAAUUCGAGGCAGAUGAAACCUAUUGACGAAUGCGAAGCUCCCAUCCACUUAUUUGAUAAAGAUCCACAAUAUGUGAGACCAGCAGUGAAGCUCUCUGAGGAAGUUCUUGAGGGAAGAAUUCUGUUAGAAAAGAGUUGGGCCAAGUACCGAAGGGAUCAACAUCUGAGAGAUUUGCAGAUGUUGGAUAGAAUAGCUUUCUCUCAGCAACAUGCAUUGGAUGAGCUGAGGAAAGAAUCAGAAGAAUUAUAUCAGGAAGCAAUCCAGGUAGAUUUUACACUAUUACCAUUCAACGCAGUGGGCCCCGUAAACACUCCGAAAAUCGAUGAUUACGAAGCCCCAGAUGGAGAUUACGUAGAUGUAUCUAGACAGUGGUGAUUGUGGAAUAUUGAAAAUAAAAUUUAGCUAAA